UGCAAGUAUUCGGAGUUGGACGGAAAUGGCUAGGACUAAGCAAACAGCGCGCAAAUCCACUGGGGGUAAAGCUCCUCGAAAGCAGCUGGCCACAAAAGCUGCUCGUAAGAGCGCUCCGGCGACUGGUGGGGUGAAGAAGCCGCACCGCUACCGACCUGGCACUGUUGCUCUGCGCGAGAUCCGCCGCUAUCAGAAGUCCACCGAGUUGCUCAUCCGUAAGUUGCCCUUUCAACGCCUGGUGCGAGAAAUCGCCCAGGAUUUCAAGACGGAUCUGCGUUUCCAGAGCUCGGCCGUCAUGGCGCUGCAGGAGGCGAGCGAGGCUUAUCUAGUGGGCCUGUUCGAAGACACUAACUUGUGCGCUAUCCACGCCAAGCGGGUCACCAUAAUGCCCAAAGAUAUCCAUCUGGCUCGCCGUAUUCGUGGGGAGCGUGCAUGAAUUCCCUGUUAGUUACGUGCAUCAGACAAACGAAACCAACGGCUCUUUUAAGAGCCACGAAUUCUUUUGGUGAAAGAUUGUAGUGCCGAAAUAUUACUGAUGUGUAUGACUGUGAAAGGUUUUAAAUCAGCCUGAUCCGGGCUAAAGGUCUGGUAAGGCUAGUGAGGAGAAGUUUUGAUGUAAUUGUGCGCUUUGUAAAAUGAAAGCACAACGUUGGACAAAAUAGUGGUUAAUUAGGACAACAGCUAAAGAAAAAUUCAGAUGGAAGCACCUUAUUUUUUAUUUUUGUACAUGAAUAAAAUGUGCUGAGGUUAAAAGCAAAUCUCAGCAAGAGCUGGGCUGAAUGCUCGAAUUCAGUAAAAUAUUUGUCCCCAGUAUUACCUUUAACUUUUCAAUGGCACUGGCAAAUCGCCACAAAAGGUGUUUCCAUUGCUCCAAGGGCCUUCAGUUCAAAUUUAAACCAAUAGCAGUCAAAAGUUCCUCAGAACCUUAACGGCAUGUGGAAUCCACUCAUGUGACCAUAAGUUUAUAAAGUUCAACUCCAGAUUAUUUACAAUAGUUUUAUAGUUUAUACCAUUAGACAUCAGGAAGCCUCCAAAUCGUCGCUCCUGGACCACCUAGUUUCUGCCCCUCUCCCUUUAAAUUUAGAGAUUUGAAAGUAACCGAAGACAAAAACUUACGAAACCGAGUGCCCGAAUAGAAUUAUAAACUUCCGUGUAAAUGAAUUUGGGCCAUUGCAAAUGCGUGGAAUUAGACUUCAACGGUCAGAACAUUUCGCUUACAUUUUGUUAGUCAAGAGUGCAGACCAAUGCCUUUUUUUUAAGAUCAAAAUGAUCCCAGAAUUUAACAGUCCAUGCAUGUUAAAUAGAAAAGGGUCCUGGGACGAGGGGAAAGUGAUUGCUUCACAAGAGGGCAAGAUAUUAAAAAGGUGAACUAAAAACUAAAAUCACAUUACCGCUUUGCUUUCCGCGGCCUCUCUUUGGUCACUGCCGCCUCCAAAUGUUCCCUGACUGAACCAACAUCAGCCUGAACCAAGCGUCAGUCGGGCAAAAGACGGACAGUGAACGCAUUCCCCCUCAAAUUCCACUCACAGAAGAUGCUCAGCAACGCUUCCAAUCUUGAACUUCUAAGCCCCAUCACACAACAUACCCCAUUUCCUCAAAGCAUUCAUUUAAGUUUAAUUUGUAUAACAACACAGCAAAAAU